ACCCUUCUCUCUGCUUAUAAAGGCGUACAACAAUUAAUCCACGCACUUCAGCCGGCCACCAGCUAAAUCUCACAAACAAUUCAUAGAAAUUAACCAUGGUUGCCUCUGUCUUGGAGCUUCGCACAUUAGAAGAACUGCCUGACCUUGAGAAGAAUCAUGACCCAUCUGAAAGGGCUCGGUGGGUGCUCAGUGCUCCCGAUCCGCCACCUCUAUGGCAAGACCUCAUUUCUUCCAUGUGGAAAACUGCGUUGCCUCAUGAAAACAAGCUCUCGGCUCCCAAGAAUCAGCCCAAACAUAAACUCGUCGUCUCAGUCCUGCAAGAGGCAUUUCCUAUCCUUAGAUGGUGUCAAAACUACAACGUAACAAAAUUCAAGGCUGAUGUUAUUGCCGGUUUAACUCUUGCGAGCCUCUGUAUUCCCCAGAGUAUUGGAUAUGCAACUUUAGCAAAGCUCGAACCUCAAUAUGGCCUCUAUACAAGCGUUGUCCCGCCUCUUAUUUAUGCUGUAAUGGGAACUUCAAAGGAGAUCGUGAUUGGACCCGUAGCCGUGGAUUCGCUGCUUCUAUCCUCAAUGAUCCAGAAAUUGAUCAUGGAUUCUAGGGCUGAUUUAAGUGAUUACAAGAAGCUUGUUUUUACUGCAACUUUCUUUGCAGGCAUAUUUCAGGCUGCCUUUGGAAUCUUCAGGUUGGGAUUUCUUGUCGAUUUUUUCUCCCAUGCUGCUAGUAUUGGGUUCAUGGCAGGUUCGGCCAUAAUUAUUGGUCUUCAACAGCUGAAAGGACUACUUGGGAUCACCCACUUCACCCAUAAAACUGAUAUUAUAUCUGUCAUGAAAUCCGUUUGUAGGGGACUUGCUCAUCACCAGUGGCACGUCAAUAAUCUUAUCCUUGGGUGUUCAUGCCUGACAUUUAUCUUAAUUACAAGAUUUCUGGGUACAAGGAACAAGCGGCUCUUCUGGUUGCCAGUGGUUGCGCCUCUCCUAGCUUUUAUUUUCUCGACUCUUAUUACUUAUCUGACAAAAGCCAAUGAUCACGGUGUUGAUAUAGUUAGACAAGUCAAAAGUGGCGUGAAUCCAAGCUCGGUGCAUCUUUUACAAUUUGACGGCCCUUAUGUUGGUGAAGUCGCCAAGAUUGGGUUGAUUGUUGCUGUUGUUGGCCUCACGGAAGCAACAACAAUAGGAAGGUCUUUUGCAUCCCUAAAAGGAUACCACCUUGAUGCAAACAAAGAAAUGGUAUCUUUGGGCUUCAUGAACGUCAUAGGAUCUUUGACUUCUUGCUAUGUUGCAACAGGUUCGUUCUCACGGACAGCAGUAAAUUUCAAUGCUGGUGGUGAAACCCUAGUGUCAAAUAUGGUGAUGGCCAUUACCGUUCUCAUAUCAUUGCAAUUGUUCACAAGACUCUUGUUUUAUACUCCAAUGGCAGCCAUUGCAUCAAUAAUUCUUUCUGCUCUUCCACGACUCAUCAAACUCACUGAAGCUAAUAAUAUUUGGAAGGUUGAUAAGUUAGACUUCCUCGCUUGCAUUGGAGCCUUCUUUGGCGUAUUGUUCUUACGUGUGGAGAUUGGUCUUCUAAUAGCGGUGACAAUAUCGUUAGCAAAAAUCAUUCUUGUCUCCAUUCAACCAGGGGUGGAGACCCUUGGAAGGCUUCCAGGAACUCACACGUUUUGUGACGUUUUUCAAUAUCCUAUGGCUACUAAGAUUCCAGGAGUCCUACUAAUCCGUGUCAAAUCUGCCUGGCUUUGUUUCGCAAAUGCCAAUUUUGUUAGAGAAAGGAUUAUGAGAUGGGUGGCUGAAGAAGAGGAGGAUGCCGAAGGAAAGAUCGAAAGGACUAUCAAACAUGUAAUUCUUGACAUGUCGAGUUUAAUGAAUGUCGACACAUCGGGGAUUGCUUCUCUAGAGGACCUUCAUCAGAAUCUGGUCUCACAUGGAGCGGAGCUAGCCAUUGCCAACCCUAGAUGGCAAGUGAUUCACAAACUAAGAUUAGCCAACUUUGUCAGCAAAAUUGGAGAAAGGGUCUUCUUGACUGUUGGAGAAGCUGUGGAUGCGUCUUUUAGUACUGAAACAGCUGCUACCCUUUAACUGUCACUAGCUUUUAUUUGAGUUUGAGUUUUGUUUUGAUGAAUUAUUUCUUCAUCCAUAAAAGAAUGUGUAACUGUUUCUCGCUCUAAUUGAGGAGCUAGGAAAUUAAAAACCAAAAGUACAAAGGUGGAAUAUUAUUAUUAUUAUUAUUUUUUAUUUCAUUUAA